UCGAUGAUCUCUGACAUAGCUUGUAUUAUAUCUUGUAUUAUAUUAUUAUUAUUUAUAUUACAUCGGUUCGUACCACGCGGAAUGUGGCGCGCUCGACAGACCUAAAAAAUGUUUGCUGUAUGUGUUAUACGAUAAAGUAGAAUAUACACCGAACGUGUCGAAGAACAGAGAGAAAAGAAACCCCAUUCCCAAUUUGGCGUGCGCUUUUCGACCUUGUGUUUUCGCCAUGGGCCACAAAGAUGAGAAGAAACCGUUAUUGGCCAACAGCAACGCCGACGAUUUGCGACCAGAAAAAGAACAUAAUGUCACCCGGUACCGGAGUCUGGAACAUUCCAACGGAACGGGUACCAGCAAGCAACAAAGCAUCACAUACACGUGGACUAACAUUAACGUGCACACGAAAAACGGCAAAAGCAAAAACUUUUACAAUACACUUACGUCAUGCUGUACGGGGCGUCAGAAAAACAAGACUGAAAGAAAACAACUAUUAAACAAUGUGAGCGGUUCGGCGCGACCGGGCGAACUAUUGGCUCUGAUGGGAUCCAGUGGCGCCGGAAAAACGACCUUGUUGAACUCGUUGACAUUUAGGAGCAACAACAACGUGAUUGAGUCUGGACUUAGAUCCAUCAACGGCAUACCGGUCAACAGCAAACUAUUGACGGCCGUUUCUGCGUACGUCCAACAAAACGACCUGUUCAUCGGGACGCUCACCGUCCGGGAGCACUUAAUAUUCCAGGCGAUGGUGAGGAUGGACCGACACAUUCCGUACGAAAAACGAAUGGCCCGAGUCGAAGAUAGCACGAUGGACAGUUGGGGCUCGAACGUUCUGGAGAACGUCUCGUCGCCGUACAAAGCAACGUGGAUGGAACAGUUUUCGGCGGUCUUCUGGCGGUCGUGGCUCAGUAUCAAAAAAGAACCAGCCCUCACCAAAAUUAGGCUCGUCCAAACCAUGUUGGUAGCCGCUCUGAUAAGUUUCAUAUUCUUCAACCAGCACUUGGACCAAGACGGCGUGAUGAACAUCAACGGAGCACUGUUCAUGUGUAUAUCUAACAUGACGUUCCAGAAUGUAUUGGCAGUUAUCAACAUUAUCAUAUUUCAUAACAUAAGUUAUUAA